AUGGAUAGGUCCGACAAGCAGUGGGCUAAAGCAUAUCUGCUCGACCCUCUCACUGCACCCGAGCCUAGCCAAGAAACAGGACCGGGAAGCUCAUUCAUAAACCCCGACCCAUUGCUUCGAACUUUCUCGCAGAAGAAGAAAGGCAAAGAACCAGUUCAGAGUAGCAACCAGAGCCACAAUAGUCACAAAAGCCACAGCCGCACCUCAUCGUAUCCCACUCCGCCUGCGUCCGCAAGCCCAACUCGGUCCAGCUUUCAUUCAUCCAAUCCGUUCUCGCCGACUUACAAGCACGCUUCUUCGCCUCAGCCUAGAGGACUUGGUUCUCCAGCGUCGCCCUCCUCGCCAAACCAUCCCCUAGGCCGUAGUAGCAGCGUUCGAAGUAACGGCCUCCGAGUACCGUCUUCGCCAAGAGAUCGAUUCCCCCCGAGCACGAGUGUUACUCGGAGCAUUAGUGCCCGUACUCGCUCCAUUGCCGAGGAGAACGCACCUCAACCCAAUUCUUCAGUUCAGCGCAGCAAGAGCGUGAACUCUCACCAAGGCUCCGGCGGUCUUCGACGCUCCGGUUCCAUCAACCAGAGGUUUCCCGGCGAUAUGUCUCAUCGACCUCUAGACAUGAUCAAGCGCGAGCAGCGCGCCGCAGACCGUGCACCUCACCUCAGGACGCGCAGAUAUGGCCCCGUGACGGACACCAUUGACUCGCUCGACAGCAUCGGCGGCGUCUACCAUCAUGGCGGCCCCUAUGAUGCCACUUUGGCGUCCCGCAACCGCAACAAAAAGUAUGCGCCCGUUGAGGCUGUGAGGGAGUCCAACCUGGAGGCCUUGAAGGCGACGCCUCGCGAGUACAUUCAGGAUUCCCUGGACAAGCAUGUACCGUUGCAAGGCACCGGUCUUAUUCCCGCCGGUGGCACUGAUAUGAGCGGCAAUGUUAUGAACUAUGAGGAAGGAGCCGAUCUCAUGCGUGAGCCCAAUAACCAAGGUGGUGCUUACAAGAGAUGGGACGGAAUUCAAUACCAUCCUGAUGAUCUGAAGGGAAAGGGAGAGCCUUCCUACACCUACGAGAGAGACCUUAAGGAGAAGAAGCGCAUGCGUAAGGCGUCUCUUGGCAAUAGCCCCGCAGAAUACGAGAUGCGCUCCGGCGUCAACGCUCAGUCACGUAAGGAUAACGGGGCGAUGGUACGUCAGCGCAGUGUCAGCAAUGCUGCUGACGGAAGACCCGGCCCCUCCGAAAUGCCCAACGGACAAACCAACAGCGCAGACAUCCAUCGUCACAAUAGUACCGGCAAGCGUUUUAGCGACGGCUUGAAGCGUCGUUUCGGUAGCAUCCGUCGAAAGAAUCACACUGCGGCGUAG